UACUAUGUUUACAUUCAAUUCAACAGUUUAACUUAACCACGCCCGAUUUUUGGUACACGUAAUCAGAAAUUGAACCUGGACGGUUUUGGAAGUUUUAUUCAACAUAAAAUGUUGAAAUAUAGACCACAUUCAUGCUACAAUAAACUGAACGAAUCUCCACCGUUGAAUCUGAGAUUUUAUGUAUAAAUACGACGCCGCUCCCCUCGUAUCAUUCUUACUCCAUUUCCUUGUCAUUUUCUUUCUUCCUUCCUUUCCUAUAAUAAUAAUUUAAUUUUAUGCAAACACCAUUUUAUCGACAUAACCCCACCCACUAAUCCUUUAUUUAUUACAUUAUAUCAUUUGCAUGCCAUUGAGAAAGAGUGAAGGAAAUUGAAAGGAAAAAAAAAAAGAAUCAUAAUGUUGGAAAUUGGAAGGAUUCCGGUGAGGUUUGAUAGGGUACUAGCGGCGGCGUUUGAGAGUGAUGAGGUGGCGCGUGUGAGGCUGUGUGAAAGCAGUGGAAGCGAGCACUCGGCUGAGAGCUCAACUGAUUUAUCAGAUCUCGUGAAAUCGUUUAUGGAGAGAGAAGAAGAUGAUGCAGUGGUUGUUGUUCAUGAUGAUAAUGAUAACGAUGAUCGUGAAUUUGAUUAUUCAGAGAAGAGAGAGAUACUGGAAGAGAUUUUUGCUAAUAAUUAUAGUUUGGAUGAUGCAAAAGAAAAUAUUAGAAGGGAGGUUCAACUUGCAUUUGGAGUUGUUGCUGGAGACAAAUCUGAACCUGGAUUCAAACGCCUCUUCGUGUCACGCUUGCGGGAGAGAGGUUUUGAUGCUGGGCUUUGCAAAUCAAGGUGGGAAAAAAAUAAAAGAAUUCCUGGGGGUGACUAUGAGUACAUCGAUGUGAAUUAUGGUGGAAAUAGAUACAUUGUUGGAACAUCCCUUAUGUCAGAAUUCGAAAUAGCUCGUCCCACAAAUCAAUACACCUCUUUACUUGAUGUUUUCCCUUUAGUAUUUGUUGGGAAAGUUGAAGAGCUCAAAAGGGUUGUGAGGUUGAUGUGCAGUGCUAUUAAGGACUCUAUGAAAACCAUGGAUUUGCAUGUACCUCCAUGGAGAAGAAAUAGCUACAUGCAAGCUAAGUGGUUUAGCCACUAUAGAAGAACAACUAACGAGGUUGCAAUUAGAAAAUCCAAUAUUGGAUUUGAUGCUAGACUACCCCUGAAAUCAUACAGUUGCAGGGAUGAUUAUGGGAGUAAAAUUGCUUUUAAGGUUGGCCAUUUGACAACUGCAUUUAAUGCAGAUGGUUUUGGGAUGUAAUUAUAGUCAUAUUGAUGAAGCAUGUACAUAUAAGUUUUUUUUUCCGGGUGAUUAUGUUGAACCCCUUAGCACAAGCGUAGAAGCUUUUAUGGGGUGAUUUUGUCUUUUGAGUAAGGGAUGACUGGAAGCAUUUUUUAUAAUACUGAAUGAAAAUGACUGCAAAAUAGAUAUUUGGUUAUUGAUA